AUGUGCGGUAUAAACCAGCGGGGACACGGUUACAAACUGGAGCGGAAGUUGUGGGCGGAGCAAAGCAGAGUUCAUGGCAAAAUGGCGGCGACCAUGAAGAACGUGGAAGAAAUUCGGAAUCGAGUAAUACUGGGCGAAUUUGGUGUGAAGAAUGUUCACACGACAGACUUCCCUGGAAACUACCCUGGCUAUGACGAUGCUUGGGAUAUGCUGAAGUUUCAAAAGAACUUCAGAAUUGAUGUCGUGCAUCUGGAUGAGAACAGCAUGGAGUUCGACAUGGUGGGUAUAGAUGCAGCCAUCGCCAAUGCCUUCAGAAGGAUCUUACUUGCCGAGGUGCCUACCAUGGCUAUAGAGAAAGUGUUCAUCUAUAACAACACAUCCAUCGUCCAGGAUGAAGUCCUCGCCCACAGAUUAGGCCUCAUCCCCAUCAAAGCUGACCCUCGCCUGUUUGAGUACAGGAAUUCUGGUGAAGAGGCACAAGAAGAAGGUUCAGAAAUAGACACAAUUCAACUACAGCUGAAGAUUAAAUGCAGCAAGAAUCCCAGAGCCAGCAAAGACUCCUCUGACCCACGAGAGCUGUAUCUGAACCACAUGGUUUACUCCAAGGACAUAAAAUGGGUCCCCAUUGGGAACCAGGCAGAUGUGUUUGCAGACUCCAGCAUCGGACCAGUACAUGAUGAUAUCCUGAUAGCUCAGUUACGACCAGGACAGGAGCUGGACAUUGUCAUGCACUGUGUCAAAGGAAUUGGUAAGGACCAUGCCAAGUUUUCUCCAGUGGCCACAGCCAGCUAUCGCCUCCUCCCAGAGAUCACCCUGCUGGAGCCAGUAGAAGGAGAGAAGGCAGAACGCUUAAAACGCUGCUUCUCUCGAGGAGUUAUAGACCUGGAACAUGUCAAUGGGAAGAAGGUUGCCAAAGUGGUGAACAGUCGCCUGGAUACAUGUAGCAGAGAAGUCCUCCGACACGAUGACCUGAAAAAUGUGGUGAAGCUCGGAAGACUGCGAGACCAUUUCAUCUUUACUGUGGAGUCAACUGGCAUCCUGCCUCCUGAUGUCCUUGUCACAGAGGCUAUCAAAGUCCUCAUGGCCAAAUGUCAGAAGUUUCUCAAUGAGCUGGACUCUACUGACCUGAAGUAAAGUAAUGACUGAGCAUGCUCAGACCCACUUCCACAAAUCCAACAUUGAAAUAUGCCCAGCCUGUCAGAGCCUGUUAUUGUUGAUACUUUGCUCUUAGUGGAAGGCUCAUUUGGAACUUGGCUAUACUGCUGAAACCUAAACUGAAGGCACAUCUGUCAUGGUUGGUAGACUUGCUUGUAAGUAUGUAUAUACCGCUGACUCUAGUGUAUUCUGUACUGCUCUUGAGUUGUUGAGGAGCUCAGUUUUCCUUAAAUAAAGAUGGAAUUUGAUAAAAAACAUCAAUAACAAUA